AUGCCAAAAAAAAAAUAUAGUUUUCUUUUGACCGCCAUGAAUGCAGCUGGUCCAGUUAAUGCAGUUUUGGGAUUCGGUGAAUUAUUAAAGCGACAUGGACAUGAAGUUACUUUCGCACAUCGGAGCACGUUCAGGAGAGCUGCUGAAUCACGUGGGUUCUUGUUCUUACCAUUGAGUCAGGGACUUUUAGGGGACGAUCAGACUAUGUUAAAUGCGAUGGAUACCAAUGCCGACACUUUCCGAAUAGAUCCUCUGGAACGUUAUAGAAAUGUUACUCAACAGGAUAAAGAAAGAUUAGCGGCUCUCGAGGCGCAAUAUCGUAAUCUUGAACAGUGCCUUUUUGGAAUUGUUGCGGCUCACCAAACUCAAUUUGAUGCAUUUGUCCACGAUUUUUGUGACCUUACAAGAGCCUUAUUUGCAACAAGACAUCCUGUCAUAUCUUUAUUGUCAGCAAAUCCUCUUUGUUUAUACGAAAAUGGUCCACCUAUAUCAUUUGGUUUCUCCACAACAAGCGAUCCAAAUGUUUGGGCAGAGGCAAAACGACUUUUUAUUGAAGCCCAUGAACUUAACAUUGCUAGGACAAAUACAAUGUUGUCAGAAUUUAAUAGACCGGCAGUGUUCGAUCCUCUGCGUCUUGUCCUUCCCGUCAAAACAAUUGGCUUCUAUCAUUAUCCAGCUCAAUUAGAUUACGAAGAAUACUCUCCUAAAGAAGGAGGCUGGCACCGAAUUGAUUGCUUCAUUAGAUCAGUUGAGCCAGAGGGAAUAAGCUUACCACUAACCUUUUUCGAUAAACCUGGAAAAUUAAUCUAUUUUUCGCUUGGGUCAAUAGCGUCAAGUCAUUUGGAUUUAAUGCAACAGAUAAUUGAUAUCUUAGCCAAAGCCCCUCAUAAAUUUAUCAUUUCGAAAGGUAUUAGAGGAGAUGAUCUUAAAUUGUAUGAUAAUAUGUGGGGUCAAAAUCAUCUUGAUCAAAUACAAGUUCUUGAUUUGGUUGAUUUAGUUAUAAUACAUGGUGGUAAUAAUAGUUUAAUGGAGACUCUUUAUUAUGCUAAACCGUUCAUUGUGAUUCCUUAUUUUUUCGACCAAUACGAUAAUGCACAAAGAGUCGUUGACAGGAAUGUUGGUUAUCGCAUAAAUAUCUGGGAGAUCAACGAGGAGCGUCUUCUAAAUUGCAUUGAAUUAGCAUUAAAUGAUGUAGAAAAGCACAAUCGAAUUAGAGAAAUCUCUCAAAGCAUGAGAAAUUCCGAUAGUGGUACGCAAGCUGUUAGAAUGAUCGAGACAAUAAUCGAGGAAGCAAAAGCUUCAAGAUCGUCUUCAAGAUCAGGCUCAAUACCAAGCUCAAGACCAGGCUCAAGACCGGGCUCAAGUAUGACAUAG